AUGGUUGGCAUCACGGAUGUACUGCACCACAAGAAGCAGCACGCUAAGUGCUUCUACAAACGGACUGCUCGAGACCUACCAGAGCUGGAGGUGGGUGAAACAAUAAAGAGGAAACCGCUGCCGGGAGACCACACGGGACUUUGGAGAGUUGCACCACGCUCUUACCUGGUGGAUGUCGAAAGUGGUAUGAACCUAGAGGGGACGAUGCCCACAGAACAGCAAGUGAAUCAGCCCAGGCCGUCGAAGAGAGCGCGCACCAGCUUCACCGCUGACCAAUUACAGGUGAUGCAGGCCCAGUUUGCCCAGGACAACAACCCGAAUGCCCAGGCCCUGCAGAAGCUGGCAGAGCAGACAGGCCUGAGUAGGAGAGUCAUACAGGUUUGGUUCCAGAACUGCAGAGCACGCCAUAAGAAGCAUGUGAGCCCCAACCACUCCUCAGCCACGCCGUUGUCCUCCCUGCAGCCCGGCUGCCACUCCCAGCCACGCCGUUGUCCUCCCUGCAGCCCGGCAGCCACUCCCAGAGUCCUCCCUGCAGCCCGGCUGCCACUCCCAGCCACGCCGUUGUCCUCCCUGCAGCCCGGCUGCCACUCCCAGCCACGCCGUUGUCCUCCCUGCAGCCCGGCUGCCACUCCCAGCCACGCCGUUGUCCUCCCUGCAGCCCGGCUGCCAAUCCCAGCCACGCCGUUGUCCUCCCUGCAGCCCGGCUGCCACUCCCAGCCCACCCCAGCCCCAGAAGAGUGGCAGUACACAACCUACAGCACCUCAGAGGGAUCCCUGCUCACUACUCUGCACUCCUACAUAGAUGUGCACUCUCCUCAGUCUAAGCUGUUCCAGCCUCUGCUGUCCCUCCACACCAUGACCUCCCAGCCUGUGACACACGCCUGAGCCACACACGCACAAUGUCCUCAGUUUAGCAGGUUUAAUUAAUUGCAACAUUACUAAGUUAAACUAAGGUCCAUAUUGUUAUCUUGUGGAUGUGUGUUUCUCUGGCCCCGUGCACACUUAAGUUACACAACAAUGCAUUUGGCACAACGGUUGUGAUACAACAAAGAGAUUUUCAAAAAUGUUAUAAAAUAUCAUUACACAAGCAUUGUGCAGACACCACAGAAUGGUUUGCCUAAACAUGUUUGUGCCCCUUGUAUAUAGCCUCGCUGUACCGGUUUCUCCUGUAUGUAGCCUCCCUGUAUUGGUUUCUCCUGUAUGUAGCCUCCCUGUGCCGGUUUCUCCUGUAUAUAGCCUCCCUGUGCCGGUUUCUCCUGUAUCUAGCCUCCCUGUACCGGUUUCUCCUGUAUGUAGCCUCCCUGUACCGGUUUCUCCUGUAUGUAGCCUCCCUGUACCGGUUUCUCCUGUAUGUAGCCUCCCUGUACCGGUUUCUCCUGUAUGUAGCCUCCCUGUACCGGUUUCUC